AUGCUAGAAAAUGCUCGUUGUAAUCAGUAUCCCAAUCGUGGUACUUGUGAAGAUCGCGGUUUUACAACCAAAUGGUACUACGAUCGAUACGCACAUCGAUGUCGAGAAUUUCACUACGGUGGUUGUGAGGGCAAUGAUAAUCGUUUUGAUUCAUUUGAAGAAUGUAACCAAGCAUGCAGGUAUCAAUCCUCAGAUGAUCCUAGCAGACGAUGUAUUUUACCCCACGAUCCGGGUAAUUGUGAUGGUAAUUUUGAACGUUGGCAUUUUGAUAUGCGAAUACGGCAAUGCGUUUGCAGUUGGUGGUCAGGUUGUGGUGGUAAUGCUAAUAUGUUUUACUCUUAUACGCACUGUAUGUCAAUUUGUGGAAUUUAUGCAGAUAAUCGCACUUCCGAAACAAAAAUGUCAUUUCGUCGUUUCAUUCCUGAAUCAAAAAGUAAUCAAAUUUAUCGUCUCAAUGAAGCUAUGCCAACAAGACAAGGACGACAGUACAGUAAUUUAUUUGUAAAAUCACCGAGUAAAAAUGAUAGAGAAUAUCAACGAAAACAACAUAAUAGAUUAUUAGCCGAAAAGAUAAGAUACUCUCCACAUUUUCUCAGAUUUUAA